GCCUAUACAGUCUCCGACCAUCCCUCUGUGCUCCUGACUUCAUAAAGAAAAACCUCAAAGCUAACAUUCAGUCACCUGAUCGCCUAAGGAAUCUCCAUUAACAAUCAGUUGAUUGACAAAGCGUGAAGCUUAAGCUUCAAUAGAUAGCAAGAAAGAGCGAUGGAGGAGAGCAGAAUAGCUAGCAAUGUGGCUGCUGCCAUUGUGGCUGCUCUCGACUGGAACUCUUCUCCUGAUGCCCGCAAAGCUGCCCAUGAAUAUAUCGAAGCAGUAAAAGCAGGGGAUGCACAUAUCUUGGCAAGUACGUUACUUAUUUUGGUGAGGAAAGACUGGACUUCCACAAUCCGACUUCAAGCAUUUAAGAUGCUCCAGAGUCUAGUGCGGUUGCGAUGGGAUGAAUUAAACCCCACCGACCGAAGGAAUUUUGCAAAUGUGGCUGUUGAUUUAAUGUCAGAUAUUGCAAAUCCUUGUGAAGAGUGGGCUGUGAAAAGCCAGGCUGCUGCCCAUGUUGCUGAGAUAUUAAGGAGGGAAGGCAUAACUUUAUGGAGGGAGCUUUUUCCAUCACUACUAUCUUUUUCGAACAAGGGUCCUAUACAAGCAGAGUUGGUUUCAAUGAUGCUAAGGUGGCUUCCUGAAGAUAUCACUAUUCACAAUGAAGAUUUGGAAGGUGACAGGCGGCGGGAAUUGCUACGUGGGCUUACAGAAUCUUUGUCUGAGAUUUUCCCUUUAUUAUACACUUUACUAGAAAGACACUUUGGAGCUGCGCUAGCUGAAGUAGCAAGACAACAAUUAGACAAUGCGAAAUUGCAUGUAGCAACAGUAAUAGCUACCUUAAAUGCUGUAAACUCAUAUGCUGAAUGGGCUCCCUUGCAUGAUUUGGAAAAACAUAGAAUAAUUCAUGGCUGUGGUUGCUUACUCUCUUCUCUUGACUUCCGUCUCCAUGCAUGUGAGUUUUUCAAACUCGUUUCGUCAAGGAAAAGACCUAGUGACGCUGAUUCUGAAUUUGACUCUGCCGUACGCAAUAUAUUUCAAAUAUUAAUGAACAUCUCCGGAGAGUUGCUGCAGAAAAAUAGCCCUGAUGGCAUUCUUGAUGAAAAUGAAUAUGAAUUUGCAGAAUGUGUCUGUGAAAGUUUGGUAUCAUUGGGUUCUUCAAACUUACAAUGUAUAAGUGAUAACACAACUGCUAUAUCAUCAUACCUUCAACAGAUGCUGGGAUAUUUCCAACACUGUAGGCUUGGACUUCAUUAUCAAUCUCUUCUCUUUUGGCAAGCAUUUAUGAGAGAUUUGAUUUGCAAGCUAAAGAUUGCAUCUGGUGAAAGCUCUGUUAACAAGGGCACGAUAUCAGAGCAUGCUGACAUGGGAAAGAGAAAAACUUUUUCUUGUCUUAGUGAUGAAAUGUGUAGCUCUAUGUUAAAUAUAUCUUUCCAACGGUUGCUCAGGAAGGAAAAAAUCCACCCUGGAACUUCACUUUGUCCUGGAACAUUAGAGUUGUGGAAUGAUGAUUUUGAGGGAAAAGGAGACUUCAACACAUAUCGUUCUAGGCUGCAAGAGUUGAUUCGUUUUGUUGCAACUGAAAAGCCUGUAUUAGCUGCUACAGAGGUUUCUGACAGAGUAAUGACAAUUCUUAAAACAAUGCUACUUAUGUCCACACCUGCACAGGAACUGUCUCUUCUUGAAAGCAUGCACUUGGCUCUAGAAAGUGUUGUAAAUGCAGUUUUUGAUGGACCACAUGAAUUUGAGAGAAGAAACCCUGAAGUUCAAAUUUCAUUAUGCAGAAUAUUUGAGGGUCUACUUCAACAAAUUCUUUCUUUGAAAUGGACUGAACCAACACUUGUAGAAGCCACUGUGCACCAUCUAGACGCAUUGGGACCCUUCUUAAAGUACUAUCCAGAUGCAGUUGGGAGUGUCAUAAAUAAACUGUUUGAGCUUCUGGCCUCUCUGCCUAUUUUUGAGGACCCUGCUACAAACACUGCACGCCAUGCAAGAUUGCAAAUAUGUACGUCUUUUAUUCGAAUAGCCAGAGCAGCAGACCAGAGCAUUCUACCGCAUAUGAAAGGGAUUGCAGACACAAUGUCAUUAUUGCAGAGUGAAGGUCGUUUACUUCGUGGGGAACAUAAUCUUCUAGGAGAAGCAUUUCUAGUCAUGGGAUCUUCUGCUGGGAUGGAACAGCAGAGACAAGUUCUGGCCUGGUUGCUUGAACCAUUAAGCAAGCAGUGGACACAGACUGAAUGGCAAGAUGCAUACCUUUCAGAACCAGCAGGGUUCAUUCGCUUGUGUGCAGACACGACGACUAUGUGGUCUGUUUUCCACACAGUUACAUUUUUUGAAAAGGCUCUAAAAAGAAGCGGUAUUCGAAAAGUGAAUACAACAAAUUCACAAAACUUACAAAUAUCAGAUUCUUUGCACCCAAUCGCUCCUCAUUUGUCUUGGAUGCUGCCUCCUCUUCUUAAGCUGCUUCGAGCCAUGCAUUCUCUUUGGUCUCCAUCUGUGAUGCAAACAUUACCUAGAGAAGUAAAAGCUGCAAUGAUUAUGAGUGAUGUUGAUAGAGCCAGCCUUUAUGGAAUGAACCUUAAACUUUCAAAAGGGUUCUCAAAUUCUACUGAUGGAUCUUCUUUUGAAAUGAAGGAUGGUCAACCAGAGCCAAAUGACACUAAUGUACGCAAUUGGCUGAAGGGAAUAAGGGACAGUGGGUAUAACGUGGUGGGCUUGUCAGCAACCAUCGGUAGUUCUUUUUUCAGAGGCCUAGAUUCUCAGUCCAUGACUUUAGCCUUGAUGGAAAAUAUACAGUCUAUGGAGUUCAGGCAUAUAAGACCUCUUCUUCAUUUAGCGCUGAUUCCCAUAGUUAAAAGCUGUCUUCCAGAUCUUUGGGAAGUGUGGCUUGUAAGACUGCUGCAGCCAUUACUUCUUCACACUCAACAGGCUCUUAGCUGUUCAUGGUCUGGUCUGUUACAGGAAGGGCGGGCAAAAGUUCCUGAUCUUCAUGGGAUACUUGCGGGUUCAGACUUGAAAGUGGAAGUAAUGGAAGAAAAGCUGCUUCGAGAUCUAACACGGGAAGUUUGUUCUUUGCUCUCGGUUAUUGCUUCACCAAGUUUGAAUCCCGGUCUUCCUUCAAUUGACCAUCAUGCGAACGCCAACAGGGUGGAUCAAUCGACUCUUAAGGAUUUGGAUGCUUUUGCACCAAGCUCUAUGGUUGGCUAUCUCUUGAAACACAAAAGUGUGACAGUCCCAGGGUUGCAAAUUUGUUUAGAUACUUUUAGAUGGACUGAUGGUGAAGCUGCAGCUAAAGCUUCCAUAUUCUGUGGAGCCAUAGUUGUGUUAGCCAUCUUAACAAAUAAUACAGAACUGAGAGAUUUCGUCUGUAAGGAUCUAUUUUCUGCACUGAUUGAAGGUUUAACUCUGGAAUCGAACACCUUUAUAAGUGCAGAUUUAGUUGGUCAUUGUCGCGAAAUCUUCGUUCAUCUUGGUGAUAGACACCCAGCACCGAGGCAGAUUAUACUCUCUCUUCCUCAGAUAACCUCCCAAGAUCUCCUUGCCUUUGAAGAAGCUUUGGGAAAGACCAAUAGUCCCAAGGAACAGAAACAACACAUGAAAAGUUUGUUGUUACUGGCAACAGGAAACAGGUUAAAAGCACUUGCUGCCCAGAAAACCGUGAAUGUCAUAACGAAUGUGUCAGCAAGGCAUCGCAACACAACUCCUGCCCAAGAAUCCAAAGCUGGCGAUGGAGAAGCCAUUGGCCUAGCUGCAAUUAUUAGGUAAUAUAAGAAGAAGAGUUGAGCCGACAUUGCUAUAUUUUUGUACAAACAGAAUGUUCUACUAUUGGAUACUUAUUCACCCCCACUUGGAAGUUGUUAAUGACAGGCG